UUAUUUUAAAAUAUACACCUGUGCCUUUGAAUUUUAAGUUUAUCAAGUAGUGGCUGAACGACGAGUUGUGAGCCCAUUAAAGUUCAUUAAAGUAUUCGCUAACCUAUGAAUAUUAAGGCUGAAAAACUGCAUUAAAUGCAAUGUCAGAAUAAUAUAAUUAUAUUGUGGGACUAUAAACCUAAAUCCUAGAAUUAACUUUUACUUCCGGGUCCGGGGCCCCUUGGGGGUAUCGAGCUGCGCCCCUCCCCCCACUCCGCCCUCGAGAGCCCAUGGUGUUACGCACUAUUAUUAAGUUGACUGGUUUAGAGAGGAAAACUUUGCUUGUUCAUUCUACAUUGUUUUUCACGUGAAUAUCUACAAAACAAGAAUUGAAAGUAAACGUUCAAAUUUAAACAAAUGAACUGUAAUUUCCUUUUUGGCACAGUUUGCGCCCCAUAACGAUGGUGUUGGAUAUGCAACAAACCCCAACACCAGUGUGAAAUGUCUAACAUUCAAGCCUUUUGAUUGGUACCCUUUUGAUUGGCUAUUAAUGUCUUUUCUACAUCUCCCUUGUGUAGGUAGGUUGCGUAGGAACGUAUUUCUUUAAUACAGAGUGAUGAAGUUUAUGACGUCCUAUGUCAUCCGAUCAACCAAGUGCUACUAUGCACAUAAAAAUGACAUGUACAAACUUGACCUCGCACAAAGGAGUGAUUCCAUGUAUUUUUAAUAUCGAACAAUAACGACUACGGUAUAUGUCGAAAUUCGUUGUAUGAUCAGUGAUGCAGAAAUUUAAAUGAUAGCAUGACAAUGCAGUAUUUUGGUUUAACGCAUCUAUCGAUCUACAGUAGGAGCACCAUAUUUGGCUGGGAUUUCCACAAGGUCUGUUUUAGCCAAAUGAGUUGCGGCUCAGCAUAAUGUUUGUUAGUCAUUUACUGAUAUUUUGUAAUUCGUUCAGAGCCCAAUGUCUGAAAACGGGCAUACACUUGUCUUCGCGUUUUUAAAAUAACAAUUACGUUGAAUUUUGUCAAGAUGGAUUGAUGAAUUCCGUAAGUCUCGUUUGGACACGAUAAUUCGGGUCUAGCUGACAUUUAGGCCUACUGGUGAUACAACAAUCUGUGCGCUCAGAUCCACGAGCGAGUUUUAUUUUACCAGACGUUUCAUGUUAAUUCAAACGGAAGGAUAUAGGCCUACCUGCUGUUCGUUGAGCAGACAAACGAGCUCGUGAGCCAUACGUAACAUAUGGAAACACAUCGUUUCUUGACCAUAAAAACGAGGUCAAUCUGCAGGUGUACCCGCGGAAAUUUACGCGUUACUUUUUUUUUUAUACAUAUCGUGAAAUCAAGUCACAGGCUAGCCUUAAUUAUUUGUAGAUGCGUCAUACAUAUGGACUUCGUCGGAGUAUUGCACCGAUGCAUUAUUUGUAUCGAUGGAUUCAUUCGGCCACUUGAGUUGCCAAGCUUUAUGGGAUGAUAUUUCCAUCGACAAGUUUAAAAAUGACAUUCACACGGAUUCCGUCAAAACCAAGCUCCAAAAUCUAGAGAAACGUGGAGACAGACCGUUAUAUUGCCAAUCGAUGAAAACUAUGUAUGCAACAAUCUUAUUCAGAGCGUCAACAAACAACCCCGAAAGACGAUAUGAAAGCCAGAAAAUUUUAGAAGAAGUACUGGAAAAAGACAAGACAAAUAUCACGUCAUUAGCUGAUCUCAUAUAUAUUUAUGAACAUACAUGCAACGCCUGGAAAGCUGAAGUUUUAAAGAAGAGAUUGAUAGAAAAUAAAGAAAAUGAUCUUGCUCUUGCAAGAACCUACUACGAUCGAGCCCAUAUCAUACGCCACUUCGAGCAGGAUAAACGAACGUUUACGUAUUUUAAAUUCCUAGAAAUGUCUAGGGACCACAUUAAAGUGGUGAAUAAUUGUAACAAUGAGAGGAUUGAAACUGAAAGAGCUGAGAUUUUAUUUGAUUAUGGUCUUUCACUGUACCGUAAAUAUCACCAGAAGACUGAAUUUGGACUUUUGGAAAAAACCGAAAUCCUGAAUUCAAAUUUAAGACUGGAGGAAGCAAUCAAUGGCUUUCUUGAUGUUAUAGACAUCAAAUUUUCACCAGGUGAAUGUACAGCUCUGUCAUGGAUUUUCAUUGCUAUUUUAUUACGUCUUAAAAAGUCAUUUGAUCAGCGCAUGGAAGAGACAGCAUCUUAUGCUAAUGAACGUCUUGGAGACGUAACUGUCGAACAGUGUCUAGAAAAGGGUCUACAGUUUUCCCCCCAAAAUGCUAAUGUCCUCAGGCGUAUUGCAUCAGAAUACGUUCACCUUAAUAAAAUUAAAGAAGCACUAAUUUUUUUCCAAUCAUCGAUUGAGAUAGAAGAAUCAUGGUUUGCAUUCCGUCAUCAAGGUUUGCUCUAUUUAAAAAUGUAUAAUGAUAAUGAAUCUGAUACCAAAGAUGACGACUAUCUUUCAAAGGCACAAAAUUCCUUUCAGAAGGCAAUUGAUUUAAAGGAAACACACGCGGAUCUGUCUGACCUUGGAUAUAUUUUCUUAUUACGAGGAAAAAAAAAGAUAUUUGACCGGAAGUACAAAGAAGGAAGGGACGACCUGGACAAAGCAAUAUUUCAUUUCGCAGCUGCAGUGAAUAUGACCGACUGCGAUGAUUACUGUAACCCUAUUGAAACCUUUGAACGAUGGGGAAAGUGCUUACAAUUAACAGGUGACAGCAAAGGUCUGAUGCAAGUACGACAAAUGAGUAUUGAACGAGAGUCACUUUUGAUACAAAGGGAAGUUCCCGCCAACUCAAUUGGAGAACCAGAUAUAAGAUCAAUUAAAACUAGUGUUAUAUCACCAACAAAUAAUGAACAUGAUUUCAAUGUUGUAGCAUCCCAGUCUAAGGCUGAGUCUAAGUCAGAGUCUGAUUAUGAGUGGGUUGUUAAGAACCUUGUGCCAAAACUCGAAGAUGAAUUCAAUCUGCAUGGCUUCCUUAGUGAGAGAGAUAAAGUUUUAGGCGAAGAUUAUGUAAAAACACUCGUUAAUGCAAUACAUUCAAGUAGAUAUAACAUUAUGGUACUUUCUCCGGAUUUUCGAAGUUGUAAUUGGUGCAAUUAUUUUAUGGAAAUCGUGGUAUACAGUGCUGUUAAGCGUGGUAGUUCCGUGCUUGUAUUAAUGUUACAGGAAUGUGAAAUUCCAAAACAACUACAACCCUUCAGUAAAGAAAAUCUGAUUAUGUGUUUGAAUAAAUCCAUAGACGCAAAACAACUACAGGGAAUUUUUAAUAACACGUAACAACAAAUAGUAAAUACAGUAUUAAAAUAAUAUCAGGUUUAGCCUAUUAAUCGAAAAUUUCGUGCAAUGCAUACGGUAUCCUAAAUCUGCGGCAGUUAAAGUCAGGCUCCAGAGGAAAAAAUUGUUUGCUAUGUUGUACAACUCAUUUUUAUAAAACACAAAAUGGGUGUUUGACGAAAAACUCGGAAAUGGUUAAUGAGAUACAGAUUUUUUUUAAUAUUUAAAAACCGGGGAAAAGGAGGCGUAACCCUCCUUUUCCACAUCUUAUAUAUUCAAAAAUUUUGAAAAUCAGUUGUACAACAUGGUCGGUUUUUUUUUUGUUUUGUUUACAUUUUUCACCCUUUUUCCACAUCUUGAAUAUUCAAAAAUCUGUAUUUCAUUUACUGUUUCCGAGUUUUUCGUCAAGCAUCCUUUUUGAGUCUUAGAAAAAUCAGUUGUACAACAAACUAAUCAAAUAUUGUUUUUCCUCCGAAGCCUGACUUCAGUCGUUCAAAAGGAAAGAGUUCCCAAAGUGUUUUUCAAAAGAGGUUAAUCAUCGUAGUUUGUGUACUGUAUAAUUUCAAGUCAGCGGCGGAUUUAUAGAGCCGGCCCGGCCCUGGCUCCCCCUUUUUGGGAAGUGAAAAAAAAAAGAAAAAAGAAAAAAAGAAAGAAAAAGAAAAAUGUGAUAGCCCAGAAGGCCUCAAAUGUUAUUUUCUGGCGUCUAGAACACAAAAAUUUCGC